UCUUUGCUGCUGUUCCAGGCAGGGAUUGGGAUGCUGCUGCUGCUGCUGCUGCUGCUGCCUCCAGCCCUGGGUCCCCAUUGACUGCCAGCCAAGCUGCUGAGCAGCCACCAAGGAAGCCUGCUCCAUAACCCUGGGAAAGAAAGGGCAGACCAGCUGGCUUGCUCUCUUGUCUUUUCCUCCUGGCUCUUUGUGCUGUAACCAUUGGUCCUGCUGGCCAAGCAAAUGGCCCAAGCAGCAGCCCAGCCUCCCCAGCUCAGCCUCCUGGAGCCCAGCUGCCCCAUCCAAGUGGAGCAUGACCGCAAGAGGAGGCAGUUCACCGUCCGCCUCAAUGGUUGCCAUGACAAAGCAGUCCUCUUGUAUGAAUAUGUGGGGAAGAGGAUAGUAGACUUGCAACAUACGGAAGUCCCUGAUGCCUACAGGGGAAGAGGAAUAGCUAAGCAUCUUGCAAAGGCAGCCUUGGAUUUUGUGGUUGAAGAAGACUUGAAAGCCCACCUCACAUGUUGGUACAUUCAGAAAUACGUCAAGGAGAACCCCCUCCCUCAGUAUCUGGAACGUUUGCAGUCUUAAUGCAGCUGGGGGGCUACAGAGGCCAGACUCCUUAGAUACAAGAGACCGUUGACUCUCAGACAUAGCCUUUGCUUCUGUGCUGCCUUGGAACCCCCCCGAAUCGGCCACAGUACAACACAAGAAUUCUUAUUUUUGUAAUGACAAAUGUGCGAUUCCUCAACAAUUCUUCCAUCUGGCUCUUGCAAUAGUUUGGCUCACCUGGAAUUUGUUGUUUACACUGGCCUUCUCUUCUAAAGAAACCAUCAGAGGUAAAACUGGGUCCUCUUUUUGGCUUUAUUAGUUUGCGGCAAUAGCGAGGGAUGUAGCAGCGGGAUCGAGACCCCCUUCAUCGAUGCCAUUGUGACAGUUUUCCUCUUUUUUUGUUCUUCGGAAGGGGGACGGUUUUUGAAACUUGGCACCCGUUUAUUUUUUACGCUCUUUGAAACUCAAUGGAGUUGGCAAAACUGGACAACUGUGUUGGUAGUAGAGAUGGUCUCUGGGCAUCUGGGGCAGUUCUUUAACCACACUUCACCAUGUGGAAAUGCAAAAACAACAACUGCAAUGGAGAAUAAACCACGGUUUUUGCACAUGGAGGGGAAGUGAUGUCUUGGUGCUAAAUGCAAUAAACAUUCUACUUUUGAGCAAGGAGACGUGAGAGCUACGGACAUUUUGGACGUUGUCUUUUUGUCCUUCCAAACAAGGUCAUGGCAGCCAUAGUCACACAGGGUUGAAAGGGGAAAUGAAACAAUCUCCUCGGUUUGGAAUGGCGAGGGAAGAAAACCUCGGCCCCACAUUUGAGAUGGAAAGGAGCUACUGGGUUUUGCUUUCCAAGUUCUGGUUGGAUUUCGUUCCCUGACCCAGAGUUCUUCUCUUUAAGAGAAGGACGUUUUCGGUCAUGUGGAAGAAGCAAUAACAAGUUUGAGGUUGAUGGGUGAAGGAAGGAAAGAAAGCAAGCAAGCAAGCAAAUGAUAGUUGCAGGGAAUGCAUGCAGUCAAUGAACCUUGGGCAUUUCAACAAUUGCAGAAUUGGUCACCCCUUGUGUGGUUGCAGAGAUGAACAUGCGAACUGCAGAGAGACUUGCUGUCAGCAAAACAAAAAAGGCUCAGUAGGAUUUGCUUUACUACUUUUUAAGUGUGCAAACCCUGUUUCUCCCCUGCACCACCAAAACACAUAGACAGACAGAGACAUAUAUGGACUUGGCUUAUUUUUGUAGGUUCCUGCAUUCAAACUGAGUAGUAUUUAUAUAUGAAGGGGGAAAAAUAUUCAUGCUUGAUAUUUUCAACCCCAACCUCAUGCCUGGUUGAGGGCUGUUAAGGGCACCAUGUUGUUACAAUGGACAGCAGAGGUGAUUCCAAUUUCUCAGUCGUUUUAUUAUUUCUCUGUCACAUAAUUCUGCCCCAACAGACCUGGUUUAGCAAAAGUGUGGAGACUUAAGCACAUUGCCAUGGUGAUCAGCGGCUCAUGGCUUCUUUCUCCGUAUCAAAACUGUCUUCCUCUCCUGCCCAACUUGAGAUGCAUCACUUGGGAAAUUCAGUGGAAGGAAACAAGGUGGGAAGCAAUGAUAGGAAGAUAACAUUUUGGGCUGCUGUGUAAUAUUUCUUUCAACAGGGAUCUAGGUUGCUUGGGACUUAUCUGUCCAGGUUGAGUCUCUCUUUUCUUGAAUUCCAAAACCCAAAAUAUUCCAAAAUCCAAAAUCGUCCACAUGGGUGGCUGAGAUAGUGGUCCAAAACACACUGCAGAAAUAACCCACUGUUUUAACUGCCCUGGCUCAAUGCUAGGGAAUUCUGGGAACUGUCAUUUUUUCUAUCGGAGAGGUCUGGUGCCCCGAUAAAUUACAAUGCUCAGGAUUUCCUAACACUGAGCCAAGGCAGUUAAAGUGGUCUCAAACUGGAUUAUUUCUGCAUUGGACCAGUGAUGCCUUUGCUUCCUGAGGGUUCAAUGUACACAAGCUUUGUUUCAUGCACAACAUUAUUUAAAAUAUAGUCUCCAUAUCAGUGUGAUAGCCAUCUGUGGACUGGAGCAUCCAUAGAUGGCCCUGGUCCAUUAUUGUCAGUGGCGGCGCAUGCAUGCCCCAACGUGGUUGCGCAAUGUUGCACCUCAAUUGACAAUAAUGGGGCCUGAGGUCCCACAGUAUUUGUCAUCAGAACGGAACCACUGUGGAUACAAAGGCUUGACUGUAUUGUGUAUAACAUUACCUUCAGGCUAUGCUUACAAGGUGUAGAUGAAACCCACAUGAAUACCAUGUUUAGACUUGGGUCCCAUCUCCGAGAUAUCUCAUUAUCUAUAUGCAAAUAUUCCAAAAUCCAAAAAAAACCCCCUUUGAAAUCCACAAUACUUUUGGUGCCAAGGAUUUCGGAUAAGGGGGGCUCGGCCUUUAGAACAGCAGCGAGUCCGUUCUGACGUUUGUAAAGGCAAUCCUUGUAUAAUCCACAAACCCAAGGCUUCUGGUUCUCUUUAUUGCCAUCUUUUGGUAAGGUUAACAUUCAAGGCACUACUCACAACUAGGGUGUAUCUGUACUUCAGUUACAGCAGGUUAUUCACACUUCAACUGGCAUAGGUCUAUACUGGGGAAUUCUGCUGUAAUUCUGUAGUUUAGGUCAGAAGAUGCUGUCCAAUGCCUUGCCAAAGAGCACAGCCGCGAAUGUGUUCUUUGUGCCAUUUCUCUCGCGUAUUUGUUACGGCUGUUGGAAGAACGGCUUUGCACCUCCUGCCCUAGGAAACCACUGUUUUGCGCAGGGCAUAUUUGCUGCCUAGUUUGAACGCACUGCUGAGGCCCUUCGUCUUGGUUUUCAGGGGGAAGAUCGGCGAGACCAAGACUGGCCGACCCUGCCUUAAAACAAGCUCAGUAUUUUGAGAGUGCUGCAGCUUCAUCUCUGAGGUGCUACAACCAUCCAUUCAGUCUCUGAUCCAACAGAGGCCUUUUGGGUAGUAUUUUAUUACAACGCCAGGUUUACUGCUGUGCCCCCCAUCCCUCUGUGUUUUAUGUUGAACAGUAAUGCCUACCAGUUAAGGAGGCUUUCUAACUCAUCCCUUGCCACCAAGGGAUCCAGGAAAUCAACACUGAUAGAACGGAAAUGUUUUCUCUCUUUUUAAAGUAGUUUUUCCUCUGUGACAGGUGUCUGCCAUGCAACUUGGUGAGGCCAAAACUACUCAUCCCUUGUCUGCUGGGAGACCAGGGCCUCAUUUGCACUACACAAUGAGACUGCUAUGAUUCCACUUUAAUUGCCAUGGUUCCAUCCUAUGGAAUCCUGGGAUUUGUAGUUUGGCAAGGCAUUAGAGCAGUGGUCCCCAAACUUGGGUCCUCCAGAUGUUCCCAGAAUUGCCACUUGUUGGCCAAGCUUGCUGGUCCUUCUGGGAACUGAAGUUCAAAUAUCUGGAGGACCAAAGUCUGGAUACCUCUGCAUUAGAGAAUUCGAAAUGUUGGCUAACUUAAAGUCAUGUUCAACCUAUGGCAAACUUAAAACCAUUGUGGUUUUGUCUGGGGCUGAGAGUACGUGACUUGACCCAGUGGGUCUCCAUGUAUUGCGUUUAACAUUACCUUCAGGCUAUGCGUUCAAGGUGUAGAUGAAACACUCAUGGAUUUCAUGUUUAGACUUGGUUGGGUCCAUCUCUGAGAUAUUUUAUUAUGUAUAUGCAAAUAUUCCAAAAUCCAAACAACCCUCUGAAAUCCAAAAUACUUCUGGUGCCAAGUGUUUCGGAUAAAGGACACUCGGCCUGUAAUACCUUUAGAGCCGCAAAGAGUCUGUUCUGGCAUUUGUAAAGGCAAUCCUUGUGCAAUCUGCACAACUGAUCAGAGAAUCUGACCUCGAUCUCCAUAGUCGUAGUCCAGCGCUCAAACCACUACGCCAUACUGGCCUUCAGAUGAAUGUCCCUCCCGAAACUGCCAAUCCCAGGAUUUCAUAGGAUGGAAACAUGGUGAACAAAGUGGAAUCAUAGCACUAUAAUUCUGCCAUGCGAAUGGGCUCCAGCUCAUAAAGAAGUACCUCUUGCUGGUGUUUCGAAGGCACAAGGUCCAUUUGAGCUACGCAGCUAACGGGCAAACACAGAUAAUUGAACAACAUACAAAUCAAUCGGAAGAUUUCGUCUUGGCUUUUCCUGUCUGUUCCACUCAAUGUGGAUUUAUUUUAAACCCUCCCUUUUCUCAUUCUAUUAAAGUGGUAAAUAAUGUG